UUCAGCAGAGACGAGCGGAUCGACCUGCUCGUGAACUCGGCGACGUCUGCGGCGUCGGACCGCAACAUCGGGUACUACCGGUUGCCGUUUGUGUGCCCGAACUCGUCCAGCGCCAAGCCGGUGCACCUGAGCGUGGCCGAGAUCAUCAACGGCGACCGGUUCUGGCAGAGCGACUACCGGUUGGCGUUCCUCAAGGACGAGCCGUGUCUGCGGAUCUGCGACAGGGUGAUGCACCAGCGCAGCAUCGAGAAGUCGGUCGAGAUCAUCAAGGACGACUACAUAGCGCACUGGGUCGUCGACGGCAUCCCGGCGUCCACCACGUUCAUCAACGACGACGGCGUCUCCGGCCCGAAAAAGUACUACAUCCCGGGCUUCAGCCUUGGCUACGAGCAGGACGGCGACGCCUACAUCAACAACCACGUCAUGAUCGUCAUCCGCUUCCACAAGGAAAGCGACGACCCGGAAAAGUACUCCAUUGUCGGCGUCGAGGUCUACCCGAAGUCCGUCAAGGAGGCCGUCUGCCCGGGCGCCACCCGGGGCUACGAGCACUUCAAGUUGGACCCCCACCAGGAGGAGCAGUUGGUCCCCUUCACCUACUCGAUCUACUGGCGUGAAGACCCAGAUUUAGAGCACAAAGACCGUUGGAAAAUGUACAUCGACCCUUCCACAAUCGACGAAAACGGAAACAUCAUACAAGCGUCCUCCAAAAACACAGCCAUCCACUGGGUCUCCCUCAUAAACUCUUUCGUUGUGCUCUCUUUCGUAUCGAUCAUCGUGGCCUUCGUCCUAAUGACAACCUUCCGCUCAAAUCUCGCUUCAGAGUCCGCCUCUGAGUUCGGCCAAGUGGCCCAGUCCUCCUUCACCCCGCCAGUCUUCUUGAACCUAUUGUCCAUCCUUACAGGCUCGGGCAUACAGUUCAUCUUCACCUUACUAGGAUCCGGUCUACUGUCCUUCGUUUUUUUUAGAAAUACCUUUGGACAGCAAACAACCAUCUUCUCUGCCGUCAUUGCAGUCCUGAUCAUUGGCGGCUUUUUUGCAGGGUUUUCUUCGAUACAACUGUUCAAAUUGUUCAGCACUUCUUCUGGAGAAUUGAAUUUAAAGAAAACAAUCAUCAUCUCCUCCUUAUCGGGAAGUGCCUUGAUCACCUUGUCCUUGAUCGUCGUCGUCAUUGCAAACGCUUUGGUCUUCGACUCAGAUUCUCCUAGGUCUUUCAAAUUCGGCACUUUCAUGUGCUUAUUUCUCAUCUACGUCGUUCUACAAAUUCCAAUCUCAGUCAUCGGGGGUAUCAUCUCCAAAAAUUUCAACUUACUCACAAAACUCCUAGUUAAAAAGAUGCCAGAUUUUGUUUCAUCUUCCGUCCCACUGAAGAAAGCCUCAAACAAGCCUUUGCCAGCCUCUUCAUCGAGAAAUUAUCCAUUCUAUCUCAAACUUCCAUUUUCACUUUUGAUACUCGGGAUCUGCCCUUGCAGUAUCGUCUUCAUCGAAUCUCGUUUCCUCUACGUGGCGUUACUGGUCGAACGAGCCUCAACUUCUUAUUUCAUGUACGGUUUCAUAAUCUCAGCUGCGAUCUUAUUACUGGUGGUAAUGGUUGAAAUCGGUAUAAUAGCAACAUACCUCAGAUUAUUGAAUGUUGGCUCACAGGUCAACUGGCAAUGGUGGACUUUCUUAACCUGUUCUUUCUCAAUCUGGAUCUAUCUCGUCCCCUUAUCGAUCUACCAUUUGAUUUUCAAAAUGAAAUUGCUCGAUUCGGGCUCCCCAGUCUUAUACAUGGUCUAUACCACAAUCCUGAACACAGUCGUUUCAAUCGCUUGCGGCUCCUUGGCUUUGUGGAGUGCAACCAUGUUCGUCUAUGCUGUCGUUUAUUCGGCGGGUACAAAAGAGGAC